GGCGCCUCUCCCUCUGACUGGUUAAUCUUCUGCAGAAGGACCUUUAAAUGGUCUCGUGAGGAGCGGCGCGACCACUUUCUGGUUAUAACUUGCUCUCAUUCCCGAUGGACUUGCUGCUUCAAUUCGCCAAGAAAGUGUGGAGCGUCCGUAGGCUCCUGGUGCUCUUCGUUACACCUCUCGUCCUGUUGCCGCUUCUAUUCACGCUGCCCUCCCGGGAAGGAAAAUGCCUUUAUAUAAUUCUGAUCAUGGCGAUGUACUGGUGCACCGAAGCUCUCCCUCUGGCUGUGACAGCCAUGCUCCCCAUUUUCCUGUUUCCUUUUUUUGGAAUCUUGCCCUCAAGUAAAGUGUGUCCACAAUACUUCCUCGAUACCAACUUCCUGUUCCUCAGUGGUCUGGUGAUGGCUUCAGCCAUUGAGGAGUGGAAUCUUCAUCGGAGAAUUGCCCUGAAGGUCCUCAUGAUUGUUGGAGUGAAACCAGCCUGGUUGAUCCUGGGAAUUAUGUUAACAACUGCAUUUCUGUCAAUGUGGCUGAGUAACACUGCGACCACUGCCAUGAUGCUACCAAUUGCCAGUGCCAUCCUUAAAAGCCUUUUUGGAGAUUUGGAGACGCUUAAAGAAAAAUGCAAGAGGACUGAGACAAACUCCCAUAUUGCACCAAUGAAGUUACACAGUUUGCCAACUGAAGCACAAUUUCUCAAUCUGGAAGAACGGGUCGAUUUUCAGGAAAUGGCUGAGACUCAGUCCUCAUUGGAAAUCCGCCAGGAGGCAGAAUACCAAAAGAAUGUCUGGAAGGGCUUCCUUAUCGCCAUCCCGUAUUCUGCUAGCAUUGGGGGCACUGCUACCUUGACUGGGACAUCACCCAACCUCAUCCUGGUGGGACAGCUCAGUAGCUUCUUCCCAAAAUGUGACGUGAUUAACUUUGGAUCCUGGUUUAUCUUUGCCUUUCCCCUGAUGGUUAUCUUUCUGUUCCUGGGAUGGAUCUGGAUUUCUUUCCUGUACGGGGGCCUCAGUCCAAGUGUGUGCUUCAAGAAGAAAAAUGUGAGAGUGCAGGCAGAAGAAAGAGCGAGAGCAGUUAUUAAAGAGGACUAUGAAAAGCUUGGACCUGUGAAGUUUGCUGAAGGAGCCAUUGGUGUCUUUUUCAUGUUGUUUGCACUCCUACUUUUUACCCGAGACCCUAAAUUCUUUCCUGGCUGGGCCAAGCUUUUUAAAUCUGGGUUUGUCACAGAUGCUGUCACUGGCAUUACCAUCAUCACAAUUUUAUUCUUCUUUCCUUCCCAAAAGCCUUCGAUUAAGUGGUGGUUUGACAUGAAGGCUCCAAAUUUUGCAACAAAACCACUUUUAUCUUGGAAGAAAGCACAAGAAACCGUUCCCUGGAACAUCAUUAUUCUUCUGGGAGGAGGAUUUGCUAUGGCAAAAGGAUGCGAGGAAUCUGGCUUAUCCUUGUGGAUUGGCAGCCGUCUUCAACCGCUAGAAAGUGUGCCGCCAGGAGUGGCAGCCUUGCUCAUCACUUUGGUCAUCGCCUCUUUCACAGAGUUUGCCAGUAAUACGGCCACCAUCAUUAUAUUCCUGCCUGUUCUGGCCGAGCUGGCAGUGCGUCUCAAGGUGAAUCCCCUCUAUCUGAUGAUCCCUGGCACAGUUGGCUGUUCCUAUGCAUUCAUGUUGCCAGUUUCUACACCCCCCAAUUCAAUUGCAUUUGCUUCUGGGCAUCUGACUGUCAAAGACAUGGUGAGAACAGGAAUCAUCAUGAAUAUUAUUGGAGUCUUGCUACUCUCUCUGGCCAUGAACACUUGGGCCCAAUUCAUCUUUGACUUAUCCACGUUCCCCACAUGGGCAAUCACUAACACUCCUAACGUGAGCGCCUUGGAGCUCAAUGUGAGCAACAGUGCAAGGGUGACCUUUAACGUCUCCGGGUAACAAAUAGACAAUUGUAUGCAACUGGGAGAAUGGAGCAAUUCAACGAUCAGUCAAA